GUCAAAUUAUGGCGAGUUGAAGCAAUGACUAUGGCUCUACAACGUCGUGAUCCCAGUCCUUCAAGACCAUUUCCUAACGGAAACUUAGCGAGUAACGGUCAGAGUAAGGGAAGAGGUCACAAGGCGAAUGAUGAUCAGUUAGUUGAACGGAUACGACGAUUCAGUAGCCUCUCUCAGGAUGAUUUUAUGAAGAUGAAGAACGCUGAGCAACAAGACGACUUUUUUACACUCCGUAAUGCUCAGGAUAUCACAAACCCUGAUACUAAAGGCGAUACACAUUCUCUGCUAUCAAUAAAGAUUGUUCCUAACUCAUUUCGAAGAAUAUUGGGAGUCAAGGAAAUAUGCUCGAAACAGGGGACAUUUUUACAUCGGACUAUCGAUUUACCGCAUAAACCCGGUGAUUCACUGGGCUUUUUAAUACGGCAAGGUGAUGGCUGGUCGAGAACGGAUGGGAUAUUUAUAUCGAGACUUGUACUAGGUACCGAUGUUGAUAAUUUUGAGUUAUUGCGAGUUGGGGACGAGAUUAUCCGGGUGAAUAAAGUCGACGUACGAGGCAUGAAUGUUGAAGAUGUCAGUGCACUUAUGCAAAUGGCGAAACGAUUAAUAAUUACUGUUAAAGUUCUCACUCCUUUGUCUAAGAAGAAGUUGUUUGCUUUAAGCAAUGGCAGUGUUCGUACUCGGCCGGGCACUGCUUCUCCUCACCCCAGACAAAGCAAAGAAGCUCAAGAAAGACUUGGUUUAUCGACCCCGAGUGAGCAAUAUCGAAAUAUCCCACGAAUGUACAGCCAUCAGACAAACUAUAAGAUCGCAAGUCUGCCUAUUGGCAAAUCAUCAAACAAUAACAAAGGCAGUCAGUCGCCAAAUUUGUCAAGACCGCGUUCUGUUGGACGACCUCCGACGCCAGGGAAACGAGCUUUGUCGCCGAUACAUGAAACUUACGAUUCUCAAGGCGAGCCAAGCGGGAUUUUAGCAACUGGCAGACGGAAAAGUCUUGGUGGGAGUAAUUCAGUUAGUUGGUCUGAUCAGGUAUCUACAAAUAGUACAAGCAAAACAAAUAUAGCUAGAACGGCCAAGUCUGGGAAGGCGGGAAGAUGACAGCUAGCAGAGUAGACCUGAGAUUAUUCCUUGCGCCAGGAAAACAAUGUAAAUCAAGUCUAGUACAGCGAGAUGUACUUUUGAUUUCAAAUGAAUUUUGGUAAAGUGGGAAUUAAGAAGCUUAAUAUUUUUUCAAGAGCCUACAAAUAAUACGAGUAAAACAAAUAUAUUCAUAUGGCAGCAACAUCUGGGAAAUUUUAAAAGAUGACCGACUUGGGAUAUAAUUCUGGAUCAUUCUCCGCUGUGGAAACGUUUUAAAUCAAGCCAAGUCAUGCUAUGUAUUUGUGGAUUUCAAAUAAAUUUUAAUAAGUGGGAAUGAGCUGAUAUUUGAAUAUUAAUUCACUUGUUAAUGAAUAUGCAAGAUAGAUGGGCAGAAUUCCAACCGCAACGUUGACUCUGUGGUCAAAAUAACGUCAAAGAGUAGUUGAGAAUGACCUCUAUUACAUGAUAAAAUCACAAACAUGAUAUCGUUAAAUCAGCACUUUGCUAAUGUUCAAAACAACUCCGAGUUAUGCUUACAGGUAUAGAUAUACUCUAUUGUAUUGUACAUGUUAUGCGAUAUGAUGUAUACUCAAACUAUGUUACAUAAAAGAGCUUCAACAAUGUAAGUAAUAAGAAACAUUGAAAUAAAAAGUAGUCUGAAGGAAUGUAUAUUUACAACUCCAAGAUAUUGAUUAAAUUUGAAGAAAUACACUAACCGAGUCUACAUCAAAGUUAAUGUGCAGCCGCGGUUGAGAAUGUGAUCCAUUUAAAAUUUAGUAGUUUUAAUUACCAGUUUCUAGCAAAUUCGGGAUGAGUCUGUUAUAAUGGGACUUCCACUUGCAGAUAAUUAUGUUGUCG